AAAACGACGCGCCCGGGGAUAAACAGGGGAUGCUGUCAUGAUCUGUUCGGUAGUAAUGGCCGACAACGUUAUGGAAGAAUCGAUCUUUUUAUAGAUCAUUAUCUAUUUCUUGUUCAGUCACAGCCGAAAUUUGAAUGAGCUUUCUAGUUGAACCCCAAGAAAGCCGUUGUCGUAUUAACGAGGUGAUCAUAUAUAGGGUGGGUUAUGUAACAUUGUAAUUAAUGUUUCUUUUUCCAGACAAUGGAUUAGGUGGAACCUACAGCGAAGGUUUUAAAAUUGCUUGUUUUUAUUUCAGUUACCUUUGAAGCAAGCCUUGGCAUCUCGGAUAUUAUAAAGCACAAUCUUCUCCCAUUUAUCCUGGGCAUCUCGCCAGACGAUAUGACUAAUUUCAAUGCGUUGAAGCUUUCAUCCCUAGUGACUAUGGACCCUGACGUUCAAGUUAGCAACCCGCCAAAAGCUUUCAAGUGGACACUGAAUGGGACUAGCCUUGACUUGACGCCUAAUCGCUUCACAAUUUCCCCCACCGGACAAUUGUCAAUAUCGAGUGGGUCGCUUAGCGAUGAGGGAGAAUAUCAGUUUUUUGUAUCGAACGAAUAUGGAGCGAUGCUUAGUAACAAAGUGAAGCUGAAGUUUUCAGUUGCGGGAAGUUUCAUUUCACCCACUACACCCAUCAACAUAAGCAUGACGGAGAAUGAACCAUUUCUUCUUCCGUGCCCUCCUCGUGUGAACAGUUACCGUGUGGACUAUGAUUGGACAGCGGUUUCUUUGAGGCAACAAUCUAUUGCCGUGAACCCAGCUUAUGCGCCUCGCAUACUCAUGGAACCAAAUGGGGAUUUACUCUUCUCGUACGUCAGUGGAGGGGAUUUUACCACUUUUGUUAGCAGUUCCGGGGAGUCAGGCUGGAGCCCUAUAAAAUGUAGCACAACAGAUCUUUUCGGUCGUUCUGCACUUGGGCCAGACGUGUUCUUUUACGUUACAAGUCCAGCUUCACAGAGUCAAUCGUCACCUAAAUUCUACACGCGCCCCUCUGGUGUGUACACAGUAGCCACUGGGGAUCAGUUGUACCUCAACUGUACCGCAGGAGGAAGGCCUACACCAGAAAUUCUUUGGUACAGGAACAACAUACUGAUAACUGAUUUAGGGAAUAGCUUUCAACAUAAAUUGUUCAACCGAACCCUGCGACUAGGAUCGCUGAGCUCACGUACACAUGAUGGAUCUUAUAAGUGUGUGGCAGUUAGUGGAGGUCUCAAAGUGGAAACCAGUUUUACUGUCAAAGUCUUAGACAGAGUAUUACCGCUGUACAGCAGGGAACAUGCAAAUUAUGACUUCAUCGAGAUCAAGUCUGGGAAGCAUGGCGAGAGCGUGACACUUCCCUGUAACACAACUGGUGGUGAAAUAAAUAGUCGGACAUGGUAUUACAACGGAGUGAAACUUCAGUCCAGUUCAAAGUUUGCUAACAGAUGGUCUGCUGAGCCAUCAACUGGAGUACUGACUCUCAGCAGCCUGCAGUUGGAAGACUUUGGCCUCUUCCAGUGUGUCGUCAAGAACAAAGUCAGUGAACAUUAUGUGGUGUCGCUUUUGGUCGUCACAGGAGCACCGCUUCCUCCCUUUGCCGUGAAUACAACCAGCUGUGAGAACUUUUCCACAACCCUAUCUUGGAAUGUUACCCUUCGUCGGGAUCUUCUUCCUCCAGUUGGUUUCAUUAUUGAUGUGGCCUACAAGCAAGUGUCAAGUUCAUUGCCUACCUCUUCGUAUUCUAAGCUGGCCGAGAUUUCAAGUGGUUCUGCUCGCUCGUACGUGGUGAAAAACCUGCAGCCUCACAAUCAGUUCUAUUUUCGCAUCCGCGCUAAAAAUCAAGUUGGUGUUGGACUGCCCGCGCUGUUGCCCACGCAAGCUACAUGUGUCACUAACAGUGCAAGGCCUUCGUUGUAUCCAAAGAAACUGGCUGGUUCUCCUUUUCCUUUUGACGGAUGGUUAAACGUCACUUGGAAGGCUCUUGACUCCUUAGAUUGGAACGCCGCAAAGUGCGUUUACAGAUUGUUUUAUCGCACUACAAACGCAUCCUGGCUCAACAUAACCACUAACGAUUGUGCUUCAACAUCCCAGUUUGUAUUACGUCUGGAACCGAACACUCUGUACGAGGUUGCUAUUCGAACGGAGAACAGCGAGGGGCCUGGACCGACAAGCCCUUCUAUUUUUGCACUGUCUGGCCAGAGACCCCCACCGGAACCUCCCACUGAAUUGAUUAUUUUGCGUGUGAACUCAAGUUCGUUUGAGGUGGAAUGGACUCCUUUUGACGUGGCGCCCCCGAGGACCGUGGAUGGUUAUUGGAUCUACGCCUGGAGUGGUCCUGCGAUACAACGAAUAUUUCAAUUCGAGGAGAUUCCACGUCUUGUUAUACCAAAUGACGCCAUUCGCGUCCAGGUCGCCGUGAGCGGUGUAUCCCGAGGCGUCGUGGCGGGACUGAAGCCUUGGACCCAGUACAACGUGGCAGUGCAAGGUUAUAACAAUGCAGGACUGGGACCCACCAGUCAGACCUUAUUGGUGACUACUCUGGAUUCGAAGGAUUCUUAUUACAUUUUGUUGCUGAGAAUCGUGAGUGAAAACUUUAGCGAUAAGCUCAAAGAUAAAUCUACAAGUAAAUUCAAAGCUUUACAAACAGAUAUAACAAGAGAGAUUUCAAUCUUGUAUGGGAAGUUGCCAUGGUAUAAGAACGCUGCGGUGCUUUCUUUCAGGAAUGGGAGUGUUCAAGCAGAAAUUCAGUUAGAAACGGCAAGCCCCAAUAUGAGUGUUGUCCUCCAAGUAGUGUCCUCGAUGGAUAAUCUGGGCAACUUCUCUUUGGAUCGAAAUGUAACAGCAAUACGAAGGGAGCCAGAAAUUCAAGGCGUCAUUCUGAAUGCAUCCCGUUUACUUCUGAACGUUGGUGGCAAAUUUGUUAUAAGCUGCACUGUGAUUGGUGGGCCGGACGACCUGAACAUCACGUGGUUUAAAGCGGGUAAAGAGAUUGGUCUGAGCCACCGCACAAAAGUCGAGACGCGAGUUCGUCGUUCACGAUUGAGCGUGAGAGACGUGAUGGCGGAAGACGAGGGCGCCUAUAUCUGUCAAGCAAAGUACGCUAACAGAAGUUUUCAAAAUCGAGAGUGGUUCAUCACAUUUCCAAACCCCUUAAAUUUCAUUACAGUGCUUCGCGACGCACGCGCUGUAACUCUAACUACAGUUCGAGACAAAAGUGACGAAGCAACGUUUACCUGUGGCGUGGUCAGCGGAUUUAGGAAAGGAGCAAGCAUCUUUCUAGUGGAAGUGACGAACAAAGAAAGUGAAAUACGUCAUCAGGAAGUGAACUACACAGCAGCAAAUCUGCAAAUUCCUGGGGGAAGGGAGAGUCACGUGAGGAAAUUUGUGUGCGAGAUGUCCUUUCAACAAAAUGUGUUGUCAAGGAGCGAGGUGGCUGAGUUGAUCAUUAUCAAACCAGAGGCACCAAAGUGUCCAGAGGAGCUGCUAGAUGGCGUGCUCUGGUCACCCACGGCUGCUGGAGGAACGGAUGUAAAACCGUGUCCGAAUGGAGCCAGCGGAACCGCUUCGCGUGAUUGUUCUGCGGAGGUAACGUGGAAGGAAACCAACUUUGUAAGCUGUAGCUCACCUGAAUUUAUCGCACUUGGGGACGAGAUCGAGGCAAUUACGCAAGGUUUUCAGUCAAACACCACCGCCCAGCAAGUCCUCUCACAGCUCGUGAGCUUCACCCAGCCCGUGGAAAACAACACGCAAAGGCCACCAGAGAUCUUUGGCGGGGACUUGGUUAUAGCCGUGGAGAUACUCGUUACACUGGCCGACUUCAAUACUAAACAAGGCAACGUGAGCACCGAGGAAGAUGUGGAAAAUUUCGCUGAAGUGUCCAGUAAUUUGUUGGAACCAACAAAUCGCAUCACUUGGCAAGAACUCGAUCAAUUAGUCCAAGGUCAGAGUCGACUUUUGGUCAAAGCAAUUGAUAAUUAUGGUCUGGGAGUAGCUGCCACAUACAAUGGAUCGACAGUCUCAAAGGUGGUUCAAACAAAGAACCUCGUUAUGAGGAUUGACCGGGCACUUGAAAGCAGUCUGUUAAGAGUUGAAGGCUUGACUGUGACGGACAAUCAAAGUUCCAUCCGCUUGCCAGCUGAAGCUUUCACAGCAUCUCAAGAUUCUCGCGUCAUAACCGUGGUUUAUCUCACGUUAAACGACGUUUUAACGCUUAACGAAGAAAAUGACGAAGACAGCGACCUUGCACCUCCUGCCAAUACAACAAUAGUGUCUUCUACAGUUGAUCCCAGGCCCCCAGCCGUGUUAAACAACCCAGUCAAGAUUGUUCUUCUCAACAAAAGGGUGAAUGUUCCGGUCGGAGUAACACCUGAGGGACUGUGCGUUUACUGGCGACCCGGAGAAUCAUUGAUAUGGGAGACCCUCGGCUGCAGCCUGGUGCCCAGCGAAUCUGACAUCAACAAGACAACUUGCGAAUGUAAUCACCUGACCACCUUUGCCUCACUUAUGGAUCCGCACGGCUCAUCUAUAGGUGAAGCUGACAAGAAAGCUUUGGAAAUCAUUUCAAUAGUGGGCUGUUCCAUUUCUCUCCUCGCUGUGAUCAUUACUAUAGCUGUCACUCUUUUCUUCUGGAGAGCGGUAAAGAGCCCAAGAUCUAAAGUUCUACUGAACCUCUGUGCGGCAGUGGCUGUGUCUUGCAUACUUGUUAUAUCCGAGGGAUCGGCGAGAGACAACACGGUGGGCUGCACGGUGCUAGCAGCUUUACUGCAUUACUUCUUGUUGGCCCUGUUUUGUUGGAUGCUGUGUGAAGGCGUGUUGCUCUACUUCUUACUUGUGAAAGUGUUUGGAGGCGGAGCCGAAGACAAAGUCAAAUACUUCUACCUUUUUGGUUGGGGUUUCCCUGUCAUCAUAGUGGCCAUUUCAUUAAGUGCUACUCAAGCGGAUGGGUAUGGUUCGCCAGAAGGUUGUUGGCUUGAUGUCCCGAGUGGACUCGUCUGGGCAUUCAUUGCGCCAGCAAUACUCAUUAUCUUGAUAAAUGUCGUAGUAUUCAUUCUGGUGAUUCGCCAAAUGAUGGGAACAAGACACGUACAGAACAAGACGCAAAUCGAGAAAGUAAAAGCUGGAGUCAAGGCCUCCGCGGUCAUUCUUCCUUUGCUUGGAAUCACGUGGCUGUUUGGACUUCUGAACUUCAGUUCAUCGACAGUCGCCUUCAAGUACCUAUUUGCCAUUACUAAUUCUUUACAAGGGCUGAUGAUAUUCAUCUUUCAUUGCUUGUUGAACAAGCAGAUUCAGGACGCCAUAAAGCGAAGUCGAGAGAAAGGUAGUUCGGGUGUUGCUUCAACGACUCCCAAAACCAAACCCUCUCCUAUCCAGAACGCUAAACACGCUACUAAUCUGCCAGGCAAAGGGAACAAGAAGCGAUCAAACAGGGCUCAAAACGAUUAUGAAAUGAUGGACAGCAUUAACAGUACAAACAGCAACACACUGCCGUCCCGUCACGAUAACAAAGAUGCCAUAAUUAACAUCCCGCCGGAUGAACAGAACAUUACUAAGCAGUUACCGGUAACAAAAGCCCUUACACAUGAGCAGCCGGAGAAGCAACACAAUCUGCCACCAUACGAUAAUGAAAAUCUACCCAUGGAAAACGGACCCGAAGACGAGAGCGCAGACGAAGCAACAUCUAGGAACUCUUUUAUACCACACGAGACACAAGAUAAUGGACGCCAGCGAGAAGGAUCCCCGCAGGGAUCACAGAGAAGGGACGAGCUCGACUAUGAUCGUAAGAUCUCAGUAAAUGGGGUCGCAAAUCAUAUAUACGAGAAACCACCCGAUGAAAAUGUCCCUUCUUUUGAAGAAUUUCAGAAAAGCGAUAGAACUGGUUUUCGUUUUAAAGAGAACAGCCCAAAGGGUCCCAGGAGAGACGGAGAGCUUGUUCAUGACGAUAAGGGCUCCGUAGAUGGGGCCACAAAUCUCAUAUACGAGAACGCGCCCGAUAAAUACGAUCCUUCUGUUGCAGAGAUUCGGGAAAAGGAUGCUCCUUCAUCAUCAUCGCCUUCUUCCUCUGAUUCAGAAAUAGAAUCUGUUGAAUUAUCCAAGGAAAUCAAUUCUGUGAUUAACCAGGAAAAUGUUUGUUGUGUGGUGGAGGGAGCCGCGCCUCUCGAAGGAGCUUUGCCAUUAGACGUGGAUGACAAACCAAUUCGUUUGACUCCAAAGAAAGUAGAGCCAAGGGAUUAUGAUGACUCUGUGAAGAAUGACGCAGACUUCGACGUAAGUCCAAAAUUAACUGUCAGAUGCAAGUUAAACUUAUCUUUCCCGCACUUUACGUCGGUUGUGUGUUUCCCCGCGCUUUACAAGGAUAUCAUGUCUUCCCGCGCUUUCCACCAUUUUCAUGUUUUAUCUCGCUUAACCCUACACUCAGGGUGGAAAAAGGUCCAGACUGGAAGUGAACGGAAUCUGCUCAUAUUAGUGAACCCCAGUCUACUGCAUCACACCUUUUUGCUCGGACCCGCUCGUUUAACCGCCCCACGUUUAAGCGUCCUGUUACUACUUGUUUUCGCGCGCUUUGCAUCGCUUACAUGAUUCCCGCGCUUUCCACCUGCACGGGUUACAUGUUUUUCGGCGCUCCAUACCACUUGCAUAUUUUCCCGCGCUUAACACCUUUUGCAUAUUUUUGCUUCGAGUUCUGAUUGGUUCGUUGGACUUU